ACACCCGCAUCAAUCUCGCUGCAACUUGAAUUUCCUGCACAAUAACCAAUAGUUCCAAGUAACCAGAGAGGAAGCGUCACCCUCAAUAACAUGGGCGCAGUUCUCAAGCUCUGGCUCUUGGUCUUAGGGCCUGUUGUCCCUCUAGAAGUGAUUGAGUCUCCUCCAGUUCUCUCCCUCCUGAAAGGACAGACAGCUCGGAUCAACUGUAGCCUGAUACCGGGAGAGGAGCGGGCUGAUUUGGUGAAAUAUUAUUGGUGUCGGGCAAGAGACAUGCCUGAUUUCAGCAGCAACACAUCCAGGAAUUUCGUGAAAAACAGCCCCCGUGUGUCCGUGUCUAUGUCUGAGAGUUUUCUCAUCAUCCGGGAACUGAUGCUGAAUGAUUCUGAUACUUACCAAUGUGUGGUUCUCAGAGAGAAACCUCGGCCCUGGAAAUACUUCCUGGGAAAUGGAACAACAUUGAACGUCCAAGCGAAACCUGAAAUCUAUCUGACUGCGGAUCCCCAGAAUGAAGAUGUUGGGAUUCAGACACUGACUUGUUUGGCCGCGGGAUUCUCUCCGAGAGAUCUGAACAUUUCCUGGAUUGUUGAGGGGGAUGUCUCGUAUCAGGAAGAGCCGGGUUCGCUGACAGUAAACAGUGACAGCAGCUAUAACCUGACCUCCCGGCUGCGGAUUACAAACCCUCAGCGGGAGCAGGGAGCCACCGUCUCCUGUCUCAUUGAGCACAGGACAUUCACUGGGUUAGUGACAGCAAGCUUCAGCAACAGCACAGGUUUUUUCAAGUAUUAUUACCUUGGCCUGCUGAGUCCUAUCCUUAUUGUACCAGUUUGUCUUUGGAUCAUAAAGAGUCAAUGCUGUAAACUAAAGAAUGGAAAAGAUUCAUCAGUCCAUGGCAAUGAUGUUGAUGGUCAAAUUAUGAAAGAAUCAGACUGUGUAGAUAAUAUUUCCCUCAGCAGUGAAACUCUUCAUUACGCAUCUGUUCAAGUCAAAAAUCCUUCAAAGAGUAAACAAAAACAGGAAUUGAAAAGACAAGAGCAGGACCAGGCAACAGAAUAUGCCGUUCUAAAGGUCAAAGAUAAAAAUAAUCAAUUCUACAAAGAGGUGGUAGAUUACUCCACCGUCAGCAUUUGCCCCACAUCAAACACAUGGCAAGCUGUUAACUACAAAGCAACCACAUAUGCUUCAGUUAAGAAAUAAACAUUUCAUAUCAUUUUAUAUGAUUCGCUUUCUCAAGGGCAAUUAAGGGUGCCAACAAAUGCUGACCUUGAUAGUAACUCUCACAUCUUCCAAAAAUGUGACUUGGGUGAAGUAUAAUUUUGCAACUGCAAAUGCAUAAGCAAACGUAACUUUAAAGUGUCUCCAGUAUCUCAAGUUGGACGUUGACAUUAAUUGUUUCGUUAAACUGAAAUGAAACCCACUAUUAUUUGCUUACAUGGUUCAGAUAUAUUGUAAAUGGUGUGUCACAGAAUUAUUACCGAUCAAACUCAAAAUGGAUACUAUAAUACCUUUUGAUGAUUUGUUAUCCCAAAAACCGGUCAAUUGUACUGUAAUUCCCUGUAUUGGUCCUUCCAUCCUCCUGUUCAUAUCUUGAAAGUUUUGAAAUUUCAGAUCCUUAAGGUCCUAUUGUUUUAACCAAGAAUUAAUUGAGUGUUAAAUGCCCCCCUUUGUGAUUGAUGUUGAGGUAAUAUACCAGCCUUUCUACUUGUUGGCUGCCAGUGAAUUAAAAGGCAAGCCAUCUGAUGUCUUGGAGCUAUCUUGUGAAUUGCUGUGUCCAUUCUAAAUAAAAGCUCAAAUUAGCCUUAUUAAAGAAAUACAUAAGUUUAUAAUUGCUUGGUCAAGGAAACGUGCUAGAGGAAGGUAAAACUUCCCCCAUCGCCCAUGGUUCCUGCUUUAUCCUUGUGUGCCUCAAUCUUUCUGCAGAGGGUGCAUUCGUGUUCUAUUUCCCAGUAAUGGCCCCUGCAGCCCAGGCAUGGCCUCAACUGGUCCCUCAACUACAAUGACAGUGGCCACAAUCUUCACAGAAAGGAAGCCAGAGAUAUGAGUGGGUUGUGACCAUCUCCUUUGGGUCAAGAAAGGGAGCACAAUAUAAGUUUGUCUGAAUUCAGAGUUCACCAGAUUGGGUCAAUCAAUAAGUAGGUCACUGUUGUCUGUUAUUGAUAUUGUGUGUAAGUAUUAAGUUUGACUCAAUCUAAAUGAAUUCAGUCUUUGUUUCAAAGGUAUGCAUGGCUUUUAAAACUUUGUGCAAAACAGUGUACAUGUAUAAGUCAAACAAUGGUUCUGACUGGUGACAGUGGAAACUGCAAGCUGCAAUCCAGCUCUGUGAUGACAUGUUUACACAAGCUGACUACACAAUUGGCUUUCCAAUGCCAGCACAUGCCUGAUGUAGCAGCAUCCUCAAUCCCUAUCUCUCCACUUGAUGACUUCUUUUUCAAUGCAAGCAGUGAGACUUCUCAGCCAGUUCAAACAAUUCAAAUAAAGUUCCACAUUCUUUGC